CUUAAUACGAUAAACCUGUUUGUAUACUAAAUACCUUUCAUAUUUGUUGACCAUACAUUUCUUAGACCGUCUACAAGAUAUCAGUGCACAUUCAGAUAGCGAAAUGACAAACGAGAAACGCUUAACUUGUGUUAUAGAAAAACUGGCUGAAAAGUUAGAGUUAAAAAACUACGAAUAUGAAUUUCGAAAUAUAGAAGAAACCAUAGAGAACUACUUCGGAAUACUUACUCCGAUUAUAUUGAAGGGAGAAACAAAAAAUGGUGUCUGGUCAAAAGAAUUGAUAGUAAAAAUUCCACCGCACCGAGAAAUAUUGAGAGAACUUGGCGUUAUCGAAGUGCUAUAUGGUGCAGAGGUUUUUGUUUAUAGCGUUUUGAUUCCACAUUACAAGAGACUUUCUAAAUUUGAUUUGAAUCAACUGUUCCCUGAAUGUUAUUAUUCAGAUUCUACUCUACACAAUGAAGUUAUUGUAUUAAAAGAUAUGUGCAAAGAAGGAUUCCGAAGGUAUAGUGGCGAAAGAUUUUUAGAUGCUGACCAUAUAAACGUAUGUUUAAAAUCAUUAGCUCAAUUUCACGCGCUUUCAAUGAUCUUGCAACAUAAUGUAAAGAACAUAGGAUAUGAAAAAAUUGUGACCCCUUACAAUUCGACUUAUCCAACGCAAUUGAUGGUAGCUUUAAGAAAUUCUUUAAGUAACCAUUUGGAUAGUUUCAAGAAUACUGAAUACGGUGAAUAUUAUUCUACGAUUUUUGAUAAUUUUGAUGAUAUUGUUGACAAUAAUACGAACAAAGCAAGUCGUUUAGUAUAUGGCCACGGAGAUUUGUGGAAGGAGAACAUUUUGUUCAAAUAUGAGAAUAACAAACCUGUAAGCGCGUGUAUCCUGGAUUUUCAAACAACUCGUCUUUUAUGUCCCGCUCAAGAUGUUCUAACAUUUAUCCUUACAAGUUCAGAAACAAAAGUGAGAAGGAAUUGUUAUAAUAUUUUUUUAUCUACCUAUUACGAUUGUCUUCAGCGAACUCUAUCGCAACACUCUCUAGAUCCCGACAUUAUAUACUCAAAAAACGAUUUCAAUCGUGACCUCAAAACAGUAGCACCUUAUUGCUUUAUAACAACUAACAUGGCUUUCUCCUUGUGGUUAGGCUUGGAAGAGGUAGCAUUAAUACAAAGUAAAAAUGUAUGCGAAGAGGGAAAUGAGAAAAUUUCAGCUAUACUUGAAUAUAAACAAAUUAUGCUCGAUAUUGUGCAAGAUUUUGUUAAUUUUGGGUACGUACCGAAGCCGAAGAGUGUUGAGUAAUACUAUCACUAUAUUUAGAAU